AUACAUUUAUCAUCUAUUGCCCAGAACCUCAAUGGCAAACACACUCACACUUCCGGACGUUCUUAUGCCCGUGGGCCGGCUUCUACAACUCAAAGACCUCACCGCAGCAGUACGGGUCUGCAAGGCAUGGCACAAUGCCAUGACACCCCUGAUCUGGCGCACCCUAUCCUUCGACACUCCACUUUAUAUCACUUCCACACCUCUAAGAGUCACCGCCCAAAGUAGCACAACGGCCUACUCCACCUACAAAGCACCCUCUCCAGAAGCCAUCGAGCGGAACGCAGCCCUCAUCCGCAAGAUCACAGUCUCCAGAGGAUCCCAACAGCAUCCAGCAGACCAUGCAGCGCAGAACGCAGCCCUGAGAUAUUGCUCCAAUAUCCUAUCCCUCGAAAUCUUAAAGUCUGAUGCCUAUCGCUUGAACCAGCUGUGUGCGAUUCACCACACGGACGAACAUCUUUGGCAGGACGUUACUCCGUUCGUCCUCAGGAAUCGUCGCUCCAUACACACGAUCGUCAUCCAUCGAUCGAGACAGACACCUUCGAAUGAGUUCAUGGAGGCAGUGCUGGAUAUCGCUUGUCUCAGAGAGUUUACGACGGCAUACUGUCACUACCGAGCUCAAACCCUAGCGCAACUCUUGGUCGUUCACGGGUCCAACUUAGAAAUCCUUGCGCUCGAGGGCGAUGUAAUCCAACAUUGUGACAACUCAUCGUUGGCUCAGAUUAUGAGACUAGUCCAAUUGAAUCGACUACGGGAGCUCAGGAUCGAGAAGUUGGACGGGAACAUGGACAUAGAUAGCCAACUACAAUUGAUCCAGCGAGCACCGAAUCUCAUCAAGUUGACUUGGGAUCUUGGAAGGUAUCCGUUCCCGGAUCAGGACGUUUUUUGUCAGAUCGUUUCAGAGACAUGUCCCGGGAUCGAACGCUAUGUCUUGAUUGCCGCAUCGCAGGAUUUUCCUACAGAAGCCGCCAGGAGACUUUAUCCGUCCUACAUUGCGAAGGAACCCACGCCUAAGGACCGUACGCUGGCGAAGGUCCUAGACCUAUCGAAAACCGUGACCCAAUUCGAUGUUCUCAAGUCCAGCUUCGGUCCACAAUCCAUGGCAGCCUUGAGACGACACUUCUCGGUACUAACGACGCUGAAGUUCGAGGCAUGUUCGCUCUUCACGAGCACCAUGGCUCAGGAAUGUCUCUCGUCGACGCCACUGCUAAGGAGUUUUACGGCGGACAGGAUUUCUGCACACGAUAUCAUCCGUGGUAUAGACAGCGAGCAGAAGGGGCAGUCUUCGUCUUCAUGGGUCUGUCUUGGACUGACCGUCUUGGUAGUGUCGAUCGUCGACUUGCCAGAUGUAUCCCCCCGCACCUUGGAAUUCAAAACCAGUCCAGUGGAGCGACAACGGAACUUCCAAUGCCAUGCCAAGGUGCUCCUCCAACUCUCCAGAUUGGAACGGCUCGUCCUUUUAUUCGUGGGAUACAAUUCUGGGCUUGCACAUGCUGACUAUCUGACAGACAGACCUCGACUAGGGAUCAAAAUGGACGGGAUCUGUUUAAAACCUGAGGCGGGAUUGUACCAGUUACAGACAUUGAAGAAAUUGAGGUUCUUUAAUGUGGAUAGAGUGCCGCAGGACUUGUCGAUGGAAGAGGUGAAGUGGAUACACAAGGCCUGGCCGAGCCCCGUUCAAUUAAAGCCGUCUGCAAUGGACUUAUCCCUUCCAAUGCGUGAAAUUAACAUUAGCAGGCGCCUCAUAGAGCCUUACCGCUUCCUGCGAGGCCGCCCCACGUAAUAUGAUUCAGGAUCCGAAGAUCUAUUCGUAUUAAACUAAAGUUCGAAAGGCAGUAACCGUCGCGUUCUAGCACGGAUUCUGACUUACAGGCGUUCAGCCAUAAUCUGACGGACGAUAGUUUCGAGAGCCAUUGCCUGCUCAGCCAUUCGACAUUUUUUCGCGUGUUAAAUCCCUCAGUUAAACUCUGUUAAUGUAUUAUUAUGUCACAUCUUGUGGUCUUGGACACUUGACAUAGCGCUUGAACUCCGUUGUCCCCAGUUGAGUUGUCCCCCAAGGCCAAAGUGGCCAGGGUCGAGUUGGUCUUGAGUGCCUUAGACAACGUCUGAGCUCCGCUGUCUCCGAUCCUGUUGAGAGUCAAGUCCAAAGUGGUCAGAGUCGAAUUGGUCUUGAGUGCCUCAGACAGCGCCUGAGCUCCGUUGUCUCCAAUUGAGUUGUCCCCCAAGGCCAAAGUGGCCAGAGU